UCUUUUUGUUCCUUUCACUUUGUCCGUGGACAGCUAACAAUCAUCAGCUGUUUGGUAAAACUUUGAUCUUUGUGUAGCGCGAAGUGUGGAGUGAAAAUGUUUUGAUUUGGCAAACUGGCACGGUUGAAUAGUGAUCCUGAACGGUAUAGGUUGUAAUAUAUCUAGUUAGAGAAUGGAGACUGCAAAGGGAAUAACAUAUGGACUGCUCCAGGGAGUCUACGAUAGCGUUAAGGGGAUCGUUAUAGUUUUCUAUCUGGAUCGUGAAAUGAACAAGAAGCCAGUAGGCAACACGAAUGAUUCGGUGAACCAAAGCAGAAGACCGGGAAACAAUGUUCAGCAGAGAUCAGAGGAACCAAACAUAAUGAAGCGGGUUGUUCAGUGCUGCGCAUUGAACGGAGGCAUAUUCUGGCUAAGUAUUGUUGUUUUCGAAUAUGGGCUAUUGCCCACUAUGGAGUUGCUCCUUAAAACCAUUUUCGGCAGUGGAUCUGGUUUAGGAUCGAUGUUGUGGAGCUGGAUGCAUCCGUUUCUUUCGAUCAUCUUUCAAAUGAUAUGGGUCCUGCCGCUGUUCUUACUGAGUAAAAUUGUGAAUAGUUUAUGGUUCCAAGACAUCGCCGACUCCGCAUACAAAUUCCGGAAAGGGCGGCCACAACCAAUUGUGGCAUUUAGUAAAAUUAUCGCAGAUACGCUUUUUAGUUUGCUGGUGCAAGUGCUCUUUCUGGUUCAAAGUAUGCUAGUGAGUUUAAUUCCCAUUAGUUAUGUGGGCACAGCGCUAGCAUUUUUACACAUAAGCCUUCUAUAUUCCUUGUAUUCAUUUGAGUAUAAGUGGUACAAUAUGGGCUGGGAGUUACACAAGAGAUUAAGUUUUAUCGAGAAUAAUUGGCCUUAUUUCUUGGGUUUUGGCAUGCCUUUAACAAUUUUGACGCAAAUGCCUAAUUCGUACAUAAUUAGCGGAUGUGUAUUUUCUAUUGCUUUUCCGAUAUUCAUCUUGAGCGGAAAUGAGGCGAAUCCAUUUGUUGGAUCAUGUGAUUUUCCAUUAAAGUUGUUCUCACCUGUCGUUUUCCUGACCAACCUCGUUUUCAAUCGAUCUGUCCGUGUACCCAGACCACCGCAAACAAAGUUAGUGACGAAAACUUCGGCGCGAUCAUCACCAAUGAGAAGGUCCACUUCUUCUAUGAGCUCACGGUAGCGCAUUCUAGGUGUUAGGAACUAUGUAAAAAAUAUGCAAUAUUUUUCAUGCAAAUCAUUUAUGUACAUAAUGGACUAGGCGGAAGCAAACUGCGUACAUAAUUUAUCACUCGUGGAUAUAAUAUAUAACUUUGUUUUUAGAGGUAUUUUUUAUAAUAACAAAUAAAAGAUUUUUAUUUGCUCUUAUUGAAUCGAUCAUGAUUCGAUGAGAAUGAGAAUGCGGCAAUGAAAAUUAGCAUAUAUGUAUUUUGUAUGUAUUAAGGAAAAAAAAUACAAAUUGAAUCUAUUUCCUUUUUAA